UUUUAUUAAUUUUCGUCUCCAUUAAAUUAAAUGAAAUGAAAUUAGGGACAACAGCAAAACUCUCCAGAAUAGUUCAGUAGAAUUAUUUAAUUAGAAAUGAAAUUUCAUCAAACCUACCUACAGAGAUCUCCGUUUCAGUUCAGUCUCAACGACUGAAAACGAAGACAUAUUACUGCACCAAUUGCCGCCAGAUCUAUUUUCUGGCUAUGUUUAUUCACUAAACUGCAUAUUCUUGAGAGAGAGAGUGAAGGAAAAGAUGAAUAUAUUCAGGUUAGCGGGGGAUAUGACCCAUUUGGCAAGUGUCCUUGUUUUGCUCCUCAAGAUUCAUACGAUCAAAUCUUGUGCUGGCGUUUCUCUGAAGACUCAGGAACUCUAUGCUAUUGUUUUUGUUACUCGAUAUUUGGAUCUCUUCACGGACUACAUCUCAUUCUACAACACAUUAAUGAAAAUAAUUUUCUUGGGAAGUUCUAUAUCAAUAGUCUGGUAUAUGAAGCAUCACAAGGUUGUCCGCAGAUCCUACAACAAAGACCAGGACACUUUCCGCCACUACGUCCUUAUGUUACCCUGUCUGUUUUUAGCACUAAUAGUAAAUGAGAGAUUUUCCUUCAAAGAGGUGAUGUGGGCAUUUUCCUUAUACUUAGAAGCAGUUGCCAUCCUUCCUCAGUUAGUUUUGCUGCAGAGAACAAGGAAUAUUGACAACCUGACUGGACAAUACGUUUUUCUUCUAGGUGCAUACCGAGCAUUUUAUAUUCUUAACUGGAUUUACCGCUACUUCACUGAACCGCACUAUGUCCACUGGAUAAUUUGGAUUUCAGGACUUGUUCAGACGCUUCUAUAUGCUGAUUUCUUCUAUUAUUACUUUGAAAGCUGGAAGAAUAACGAGAAGCUCGAACUGCCUGCUUGAGAUCGCUUUGAACUAACUACAGGUCACCCUGUAGCUGGGGGUCUGAGAAGAGGCGAAGCAUCUUUGGUUACUUGAAUGAAGCAAAUGAUAUAUGAUUUCUUCACGUUCGUUUAUCAAAUAUGGGGAAAAUGCAUUAACAGGUGUUUCUUUUUUCAGUUCUGUUUGUGCAAGUGGCGUUAGUGCCGUCCAUAGUUCCAUAUGCACACAUAAAUUGCGGCUGGAAAUCUCAAGAAAUAACAUUUUUGUAGUUACAAAUAUAAAGAAAUUAUAAAUGUACCGUUGAUAAGGUGUAAUGAAAUUGGAUAACUGAGAUUGUAUGUUAGACACAGAAAAUUAUUGUCUAAUGCUUACUUUGAAACUCUUCGUUUAUAUCGAAGUGAUAUUUUUUUUUGUCUC